AUGGCGGCGGCUGCUGCCGGCACCGUCCCCGGGAGGAGAGCGCUCUGCGCCCGGGAGCCGAGCCGGAGGACCCGGGACCUGUCCCGCCGGAGACAGGCCGCCCUUCUGUUCCUCAGCAACAUCUCCCUGGACGGCCGGCCGGUCCUCAGUCUCCCGCUGGAGGACGCGGGCAGCCGCCAGGGAGAGCCCGAGCUGGAGGCAGCAGAGUCCGGCUGUGCUGCCGGGCUGUGUCCGGAGCCUGGGACCGGGACCGGGACCAACUACCGACCGUUCCCCGGCUUGUUACUGUCCGUGAGCUGUGGCAGCGUCGCCCCGACCCCGAGGACCGGACUCCCCGUCCUGCCCAUCCUCGUGCUGCCGUCCGACCCCGCGCUGAACGAGGUGGGGACCGGGGAGCUGCUGCUGGACUGCCGCCGGGGCUCCGUCCCUUCCCCGGGGAACAGCCACCUGCUCCCCCCGUCCCCGUCCAACGUCAGCCUGCUGCCAUCGCCGCUGGGACCGCGGAAGUCCUCCACCCUGCUGUCGGUCCAGAGCUGCAACUCGGUGUCCUCGGAGCCGAGACAGAGGACUCGUAACCUCUCUGGUGGUUCUCCCAGACCUCGACACACAAAGAAGACGCACUUCAUCAAGAACAUGAAGCAGUACGACACCAGAGGCAGCAGGAUCGUGCUGAUCUGUGCUAAGAGGUCUCUGUGUGCUGCCUUCUCUGUGCUGCCCUACGGAGAGAGCUUCUACCUCAGUGACCCGACAUUAAACCACCCGAGGAGGAGACACUCGUCUGGAAACAUCUCCAACACCCUGGAGAUGCUGCCGGGCCUCGAGGGCUUCCAGCUGGAGACGUACGGCCGGUCGGUGUCCUACGCCCAGUUCCUUCACUCCACCAACGCUCUGGUGAGGCAGCAGCCGUGGUCGACCUGUGACCUCACGCUGCAGAUCCCCGUGAGCAGGAGCACACACAGCGUGACGGGCCGGGGUCACCCCCCCAGCCGGCUGAACAGCUCCGUGGGCCUGGACCUGGGUCUGGACGAGGUCACUGACUACGACCCUAACCUCCUCAGCGACCACCAGUGGCCUUGUGGGAAACACAAGCGGGUGCUGAUCUUUGCCUCCUACAUGACCACAGUUAUUGAGUAUGUGAAGCCCUCGGACCUGAAGAAGGACAUGAACGAGACCUUCAAGGAGAAGUUCCCUCACAUUAAACUCACUCUCAGUAAAAUACGCAGUCUGAAGAGGGAGAUGCGAGUCGUGGGGGAGGACUGUGGCCUGCAGCCCGUCACCAUCUCCAUGGCCUUCGUCUACUUUGAGAAGCUGGUGCUGCAGGGUCGACUCAACAAGCAGAACAGGAAGCUGGUGUCAGCUGCCUGCAUCCUAUUGGCUGCUAAGAUCAGCAGUGACCUGAAGAAACAGGAAGUCAAACACCUCAUAGAUAAGCUGGAGGAGCGCUUCAGGAUCAGCAGGAGGGAGCUGAUCUUCUUUGAGUUCACCAUCCUGGUGGCCCUGGAGAUGGCGCUGUACCUCCCUGAGAGCAAGGUGCUGCCUCAUUACCGCCGCCUGGUGCAGCAGCAGUCGUAGCAGUGCCAGGCUCAUGAGCACUGCAGCACACCGGUCCCUCCCUUUUCCACACUGUCACAGACGGAUCCUCACGAUGCCUGGCUCAAAGGCACUGAGGAAGCCCUCUCUGCUCACGACGAGGACACUGCAGUGGGACAGCAGGUCAUGUGAUGCCUGGCUCAUGGGUCAGGAGAGCAGCAUCAAUUCCCGCCUCCUUCAAACACCAAAGUGAUGACACACUGUGAGCGUGAACUUCACCACACGUGGGUUCAUGGUUUCUCCUUUAUUUGAGUUUCAGGUUCAGAACCAACUUCAGCCAGGAAGCUCCACAUGAGUAAAACUGAAACUGUUUAGUUCAGCUCGUUAAUCUUAACUUCAGAUUAUCCUCAGAACACUUUUAUCAAAGAGGCAUGAAGUCACUUCACAGUGAAUAACCAGAGCGACUGUGACAAACAGCUCUGAUCAAAUCAGAUUUAAUGUGACUCACACAUGUGGCUGUAACAUUUUAUGCAAAAUAUCUUUUCACUUCGUCACUGGAGCAGAGAAACAUCUAGUUAAGAUCUAAGUGUGUUGCACUAAUUCAUCUUUACAUCAAACUGAAUCUCUCUUCUUCUCUGCUGAGACUCGUUCCUCUCGUACCUUCGGCUCUGAGCAGAUUUUUUUCACUGUACAGGAUGUAAUUUAUAAAAUACAGAGAUAGUAUCAGUGGAUACAGAAGAAGACAGUGGAUUAAUUUAAGAAUAUUCUUUGAUAAUAAACUAAAUAUUUUUGUAUUUUAUGCUUCAGGUUGGAAACGGUCUGAAGAUAUUGACUUGGUCAUUAUCUUCAGACGCUUCCAGACUAAAAAUUCAUAUUGAAGAAAACAUCGGAUCAAUGAUAAAAACACAUGGUUUUUGAUUUUGUGCCACGGAUUUAAAACAUGGCUUUAAAACUGUUAAAUACAAAUAACAAUGGAAUAUUACGAAGUUUCCAUCAGUGAAUCAGAACGUAACAGUUCAGGUAGAAAUACAAGAAAAUCUGUUCUGCUGCGUAUUGGUUCUGUUUCCACGAUGAACAUCUCACCUGGUUCCUCCUGUUACACCAGUGAACUGUGAACUUUGCACCUGCAUCAUUAUUAAUAUUGUGCAUUUUCUUUUUAAAGUUGGAGGAGACGGUUUCUGUUGUUUUUGCACUUUGACCUUUUUGCUUCACGAUCCUAUAUUUUAUCACAAAGUAACGAGCGUAAUAAUAUUUUUCUAUAUUUUAAGUAUCUUAUUGUACUAUUGUAUAUUGACGAGUCACUGAAAUAUAUUUAUUACUUAUGAUCCUUGAGGUGAUAAUCGUGAUUCUUCCUCAGAGGUUUGUUCUCUUGUGAUUAAGAGACGUUCUCUCUCCAGAGUUUAGACUCUAGUUCUGCUACGUGACCCAAACGUUCCCAGAAGCUUGAAGCUCGAGUCUGGUUCAUGUCUCGUUAUUUUCAAAUAUAUAUAAUAUAAAAGUAAUUCUCCUUCUGCCUGGAGCGAUCAUCGGCCUUCACGUCAGGAAAGAGACGUUCAGCCAAGUUCAUCUUUAAUGUUCAGCUUUAAUUCACACAUGCACCAAAUCACACACACUCAUAAAUGUCAGUCUAAUUGUUUUCAUCAUGAAUUAUUCUCUGAGAUCAUCAACCUUGUUUGGGUCGUUCUGAUGAAGAGUAUCUUCAUCUUCACCUGAAGAACCUCACCAGGCUGGAGCUUCAGUUGGUUUUAAAUCCACAGUUUAAUGGAAAAAGGAAAAAGGAUUCUGGGUAUUUUGAUAAAAAGAAAGUAGAACCAGCACAUGAUGUUCCAAAGUGUCUUCUCUACAUUAGAGUGAUAUUGAUUCUAUGCAGCUUUGAUCGUGAUCAGCUGAUCAUCGUCCUCCUGUGUUUUACCUUUAAUGUGCCACAGACUCCUUUGAUCUAAAUAUCAUGUUUCUUCUUUUGUACCAACUCAUAUUUUCACUGAGGCUGUAAAGGGAAAAAUGUGCCAGUUUGUCUUUCAUUAAUAUUAUUAUGUUAUUCAUAGUGUGUUUACUUUAUAAGUUAGAUUGAUUUUUGUAUGGUGUUUUUUUAUUAAAUGAGUGGAUGCAGUUGUUUUAAUAACAUGUGACCCUGAUCAAUAUAAAACAAACGUGAAUAUGGUCAAAUGAAUUUUAUUUUCUCCUGCUCACACAGUGACUGUCACACUGCACUAAGUAUAUUUAUAUAAAUGUUUUGUAACAGAUAAAGACCAUAAACUGUUUAAAAUGUCCAUGUUCAAUCAAUGUCAAAUUUAUUUUCAAUAAAAAUAUGUAAUUUA